UGGAAUUAUUAAGUAGUGGAUAGCCUGUGCCCUUUCUAUAAAGAAAAUAUGAAAUUAUUUCGAGAUAUUUUCAAUCAAGAAGAUUUUUAUUCGUAUUAAUAUUAUAUUUAUGAAAUGGAAUAAUUCCGUUUAAUGCAGAGGUAUUUCACCCCAAUUAAAAGAUUUCGUUCGUCACGUUUAAUGGAAAAAUUGUCAACAUCGAGAACGCCCUUUGCUCCUAGUGUUCACGCGCGAGAUAUCAGAUAAUGCAAAUCGUUCGUUCUUAACCUUGGUCAAAAAAAUUUGACCUGACUAAGCGGACAACCGUUGCACCGAACACGUUAUCGUUGUGGAAUGCAAGUUCGUAUAAAAAGAAAAAUUGAAGGCAACCAUAAAUUGUGUGGCUGGGAGGUUUAUAAGUCGAUGAGGUGGCUCUUAAAGAAGUGGUACUUGUCUACAUUUAAAUUUUGGCCAAAAAUGACAAAUCCAGCAGAAAGAUUAAAUUAUUCGCAAGAUAGUAGUAGCGAUACAGAAACUGAUUAUAAAGAGACAGAUCCAAGAGGACAACAAAGAUUAUACCAAAAUAGAUUAAGUUGUGGUGGUUCGUCCAAACCAAAACCUUGUCUGGUACAGAGGGAUGGAAGCAACGAUCGACACUGCCAUUCUUAUAAUUCAGGCAGACAUGGCACAAAUAUAAAUCAAUCAAGCAGACUCCGUUCUGGAGUUGGGCUUGGAAAGAGUCAACAAAACCAAAGUAGAGAUAUUAUACCAUGCAACAGUUCUGCUACAGAGGCUAGCAUUCCACAAGGUAGCGAUGAACGAAUAACAUUGAUCGUCGAUAAUACGAGAUUUAUUAUAGACCCAGCUUUAUUUACUGCACGCCCCAAUACAAUGUUAGGACGAAUGUUUAGUUCUGGUGUCGAAUAUGCUCAGCCAAAUGAACGUGGAGAGUACAAAGUUGCCGAUGGAAUAUCGGCGAUGGUUUUUCAAGCUAUUCUUGAAUAUUACAAAGGUGGAAUAAUACGUUGUCCUCCUACGGUUACCGUACAAGAAUUACGCGAAGCUUGCGACUAUCUUCUCGUUCCGUUUAAUGCAAAUACAGUAAAGUGUCAAAAUUUAAGAGGAUUAUUACACGAAUUAUCUAACGAAGGUGCACGCUGCCAAUUCGAAAGGUUCUUAGAAGAUCUGAUGCUGCCUUUAAUGGUAAAUAGUGCACGUAGAGGCGAUAGAGAAUGCCACAUCGUUGUCUUAUUGGAAGAUGAUAUAGUCGAUUGGGACGAAGAAUAUCCACCGCAAAUGGGAGAAGAAUAUUCGCAGACCGUCAAUAGUACAGCUAUGUACAGAUUUUUCAAAUACAUCGAAAAUAGAGACGUAGCUAAGCAAGUGAUGAAAGAGCGUGGCUUGAAAAAGAUACGUUUAGGAAUCGAAGGUUAUCCUACUUAUAAAGAAAAAGUUAAGAAAAGGGCUGGUGGUCGUGCCGAAGUCAUUUACAAUUACGUUCAAAGGCCAUUCAUACACAUGUCUUGGGAGAAGGAAGAAGCAAAAAGUCGUCACGUUGAUUUUCAAUGUUUAAAAUCUAAAUCAGUUACGAAUCUCGCAGAAGCCACUGCCGAUCCGGUAUUAGAUGCCGGAGGAAAUCCAAUAAAUGCUCUUUUGCAAGCCGCAGAACCGGUGCCUCAACCAGAAGCGGCACUGCCAAUGGGUUCCGACGGUGAUGUUGAAGGCGGCAUAGGGUUGCCUGCCGAUCAAGACCUUGGACCUUUACCACCCGACGAGUUAUCAUGAGCCUCAUUCGUUUUACGCUCUUAAGGUUCUUCUCAAGGAUAAGAAAUGUUAUAUUACAUGACCAUUCCAAGACCAUUCCAAAGAAAACCAAAGUCCUUUCUUUCCAAAUAUCGAACCUAAUUAAGGUGAGAUUCUUUUAAUAUUAUCAUUAAUCCUUUAAUAAAUCCUUGUAACUUUGAAAUCACACGUUCAUAUAUGUCUAUAUUUUUUUUUAGGUUUUAUUACAUUUUUUCUUUGGCAACAAAAUCAAUUGUUGCUUAACAUGUUAGUGUUUGAUAAAUGUUUCUUUUUUCUACAUACAAAUUAUACAUUAUAUACUUAAUCUACAGCAGAGAUAGUAUAUGUCGGUAUACUAAUUAUAACUUGGAUUAUUGUACCACACGUACUAUAUAUGCUAUACUAUUUGUACUAAGUAUAAAUGAAUAAUUUAUAUUAUCAUUAAUAUCAUUAUUAUAUUAAACGUAAGUUAUACCUAAUAUAGUGUAUACUUUAGUUUACACUUUACUAGUGUAUACUUUAGUGUAUACUUUAGUUAUUUAUACCAUAAUAAACUAAAACUAAACUAUAACUAUAUUGUACAAUAUAUACUAUACUA